GUACCUUGGCGGUAGAGGUGGAGAUGGAUGCAGCGGCGAGGGGACCCAGCUUCCUUUUUUAAGAAUCAGUGUGAGCAAGAGAACAGAGCCUCGUUAUUUUAGGGAGACUUUGUCGCACUCCCCCUUCCCCGGGUAGGUAGCGUCUGGGAUGUGUGCACCCUGUUCACAGUCCCUCAUGGAGAGACGCUGGAUGCUGCAGCCGGCAGUAACCCGACCCCGCCGGCGCAGGGACUGAAGAGGAGCCAGGGAAAGCCGCUAGAGGUGAACAAAAGCCCUCGGUGUGGGGGCCGGAGCCCGGACCUGGGGGACUCCAACAAAGGACGAGGCUCAGCUAUGGUGGACCCGGUGCCAGAAGAGGAGAAAGAGGGAGCGGAGCCUGGUGGCUCAGAAGGGGAUGGGGCCACAGCGUCCGUGCCCCCAGAUGCCCAGGGAGCCCAACAGCCUGCUGCCUCCUCGACCUCCGCCUCCGCGGCGGCUGCGGCUCCACGCAAGGCCGAAGUCCCCUGCGGAGCAGAAGGUGGGCGUCGCGAGCAGUCCCCGCUGCUGCACCUCGAUCUCUUCAACUUCACCUGCCCGGAGGCAGAGGGCAGCCGCUAUGUCCUGACCAGCCCCCGCUCGCUGGAGGCCUGUGCCCGCUGUGCCGUCAAGCCAGUGGAACUGCUGCCUCGGGCCCUGGCCGACCUGGUGCGCGAGGCUCCGGGCCGCUCCAUGCGAGUGGCCACUGGCCUGUAUGAGGCCUACGAGGCCGAGCGGCUCGCCAAACUGCAGCAGUGCCGUGCUGAGCGCGAACGCAUCAUGCGCGAGGAGAAGCGGCGCCUGUUCACGCCCAAGGGCCCAGCUGCAGCCCCGGCCUCCGCCUCCGCUUCGGCGCCGAGCGCGGGCGGCAGCAGCAGCAGCUGCAGCAGCAGUAGCCUCCCGGCCUCGCCCGCCUCGAGGGUUGCUCGAAGGACUUCUCCCAGUCCCCCCGCCAGGACCCGACCUCCUCCCGCAGGUUCUCGGACAGGUAGGAAGAGCCACUCGCUGGACUCGCUGUCCCGCCGGCGGGACGGUGCCCUCAGCUCCGAGUCCGGCGCCUCGUCAUCGUCCUACAGCGGGGAGAGCCUUCGGGAGCUUCGCUGGCCACCUCGAGCUUCAGCCAGGAACAGCUGCCCCGCGGGGUCCGCGUCGUCUGCACCCAACCCACUGGGCCGCCCUUCGGCCCUCGAUUUGGUCCCACUCACAGCCCGCAGCUUCAGCCUCGGCGACCUGAGCCACUCGCCUCAGACCGCUCAGCAUGUGGAGCGCAUCGUGCGCCAAGUGCGCGCUGAGCGAGGCCUGCGCGGGGUACCCGAGCGCGACCGCAAGAUCGCCGCUCUCAUGCUGGCCAGACACCAGGAGGAGCGCCUGUUGCUGGAGCAACGCGCCGCCGCCCACGGCCAGUGGGAGCAACAGCGCGUGCGCGCCGAGCAGCGGCGGGAGCGCGAGGAACGCGAGAAGCAGCGCGCGCUGGAGCAGGGCCGGCGCGCCUGGGCCGCGCAGGUGGAGGAGCGCCGGGGCCGCCGGGGCCGGGAGGAACGGGAGGCCGCGCGGAGGCGGCAGCAGCAGUGUGAGCGCAGCGAGGAGCGGCGGCGGGAGCUGGCGGAGCGCCAGGGCCUGCUGCGGCGGGAGAAGGCGGAACGCGCGGCGCGCGACGACCGCCUGCGCAAGCUGCAGCAGGAGCAGAACCUGAAGCAGCGGGAGGAGGGCCUGCAGGAAGGGCGGGAGCGCGCAGAGCUGGCCCGCCGGGAGCGCGCCCAGCGCGCGGCGCGGGCCAAGCAGCGACAAGAGGGUCAGCUGCAGCGGGAGAAGCGGGAGCUGAGCCGGGCCGAGCGGGCGCGCCACGAGGCCCUGCUUCGAGGCCGAGUCCGGCAGCAGCACGAGGAGCGGGAGGGCCUGCGGAGCUCCCUGGAGGCUAGCUUGGGCCGCGCGCAGGAGAACUACGAGCAGCUGCAGGAGCAGCGCGCCAGGGAGCUUCGGGAGCGAGCCCGGAAGGAGGAGCUGCAGGGUCGGCGGGCUAAGGAAGCGGCCGAACGCAAAGAGCGGGAGCAUCAGGCGCACUUGGAGGCGCUGGCGCGGGCCGGAGAACGGCGGCUGCAGCAUGCGGCGCAGGUGGCGGAAGAGGCGGUGCAGCAGAAAGCCCGGCGCGUGGUUCAGACUCGACUGGAGAAGGAGAGGACUCAGCGCGCCAACAAGGAGAAGGUGGAGCGAGAUGAAGACUGCCGCCGCCGGGAGCUGCUGCAGGCCAUUGGGCGUAAGCUGGAGCGCAGCGAGCAGCUGUCUCGAGAACGGCGAAGCGCGCUGGAGAGCGCUCGCUCCACAGCCCGGGCCUCCUUCCAUGUGCGGGAGAAGGUGCGGGAGGAGACCAACACGCGCUCUUUUGAUCGCAUGGUUCGAGAGGCCCAGCUGCAUGCCAGCCUGGACCGCAAAUGACAGCCGCCCUGAGCAGGCCAUGCCGCUUUAUCGAGACAGGUGGGGCCCUCCCUUAGCCACUUUGACUAAACUUCAGGCAUCUCCAGUCCAGGUGCCACACCACGAACUCCCCAGACUAAUGAACCAUGAGACAGUGAGAAGCCAGACAGGGUACUUUUCCGUCGGCCACCGUUGCUUUACAGACGCCCUUCCUUUGGAAAGGAUAUGGCACAAUUUACCCACAUCCACCUGUGUCUUUGGGUUGGAAUAGAAAAUAGGUGGGGAGGGGGAGGGUCCCCCUAGGAGAGAGCACAGAGGUGAAUGUCGGGUUUUCUGCCACAGCUGCCUUGGGCAUCUUUCUGACAUUUGUGUUCAAAACGACUUUCAAUUGCAACAGCCCAGGGGAUAUCGCCGAGACUCACCGCUAUCUUCCAAAACACAAGUUGCACAGAACUUAAAAAGUCUCCCAAGAAAGCACAGUUCUUCGAAGAUGUUAGCUUAUGCACAAGUGACCAUACAAGCUAUUUGUUUUGAGCGCUGGACAGUUCAUCAGACACCUGAACAAAUUCUCCCGUUCCCAUAAUUUUUUUCAGUUGAGUCCCUAGACUUCCUAGUUAGACAAUCAUUUGCAGAUACUAAUCACUUAUUCUCCCACACGGCAUAAGAAAUGGGUUGGUUUGGUGAUGCCGUUUAGGUUUAAUGGAAGCCCUCCGUCCCCCGCCGUCCCGGAGGUGGUGGUGCCCUUAGGCAGCAGUGUUCCACCCUGUGAGGCUUCCCUAGAUUUCAGUGGAGGCAGUGUCUGAUGGCCAGCUCCCGCAGACACAAGCUAUUGCCUUACAAAGCAGAGCGACCUUCUGUGCCUGCCCAGGCCGCUCUUGCCCAAAGCCCCAGCCUUGAAUGAAGUUUCAAGGGUGAAACCCUGAAGAGUCUGGAGUGUGUGAGAUUCCCUCUGUGAAAGUCAGUUCAGUGCCCUGAGGACAAUUUAGGAUCCUUGGCCGCUUGACUGGUGGCUGAAGGGUUAGCAUUGCUCUGCGUUGAGCUGUGCUGUUGUGGGUGGGGUGUCACUCUCCCCUAGGAGACAAAGAGUCUCCCCUCUUUAAGUUCCCAGUACCCUCUCACUUAUACCUGAAGUAUUUAUCCGUCUCUUGGUGCCUCACCUUGCCCAUCUACCAGAUGGGGCCAUCAGAACUCUUCUGGUACCUCAAGGUCUCCUGGAUCCAAAGCGCAGUGUUGGUCUCCUUUGUGCCUUUCUUGACCUGGAGUUGGGAGGCGGGAGGACUGCCAUUACCCUAGUUUGUGUCUGGUAAUAUGGAUUGCUGGCCUUAGACAGGGCAGUUCAACACAGAGAGAUGGUCUUCUAGUGUCUGAGGGGUGUGUGUGUGUGUGUAUCAGGGGGUACCUGUAAUACCAAGCAAGCCGUUUCCUGGUCAGAAGGUUCAGUUAUCAUUAGGCAAUUUUAACCCGUAGAGUGCUCCUUCCACAAAGCUGAAACGGACCCCACUCUUAUCCACCUAUCAGCUGGGUCUUGGCCCGGGAAAGUGGGAAGUGAACCAUCCCACUUUUUACAUUAAAUUAAGAUCAGGAAGUUUAAAAAAACUUACCAAAAAGACAGGAAUCAGGGUAGAGAUGUACUGCAUUAGAUGUGUUUUGUGUAUAUUCUGCUGGCAGAAUCGUCCCUAAAAUGACUGGUUAUUGCCCACACCCCUCAUUGACCCUACCCCAUCACAUGCUAAGAGUAGUCUUGUGUAGAAGAAAGCUGUGUUUAGGUGUCACGUGUGAGAUGAUGUGAAGCCAGGAAAGGAGCUAUGUACCAAGGCUUAUUUCUUGAAUGGGUGGUUUUCUCCUCAAAAAUCCUUCUUGUCGGUGAGCUGUAAUAACUGGUGUUGUCUCUGGGACAGGAGUGUUUAACUAAAAAGUUGAUGUGA